AUGCGCAGUGAUAGCUGGCUCCUCGAGUUGGACGGCGAGAAGAUGAGCAGGCUAAGCGGCAGCUCGCUUCAAACACCGUAAAUUAGCCCGCCUUUCCGAGAAACCUUUUUAGUCUGCUUGCCUUUCUUGAGUAGUUUCUUGCCGAUGUAUUAAAAAAAAUUAAAAAACAUAUUUAAUGUCGAGGGGUAACGGAAGCCCAGUGAAGACGGACGAGGUGUAACUGGCAGAUCAAUUGCACCGGAUGUCAUUAAACGCCUCUUAAAUAGCAAAGGGUAUAAUCGAGUGCAAAGGCAGCACCAUGGAGGGUGUAAUGCAUUUGGUCAACGGCACAGUAGAGUUUUACAAAUGGAGCCUUACUAUAGCAGACAAGCGGGUGGAAACGUGGCCGCUGAUGUCGUCGCCCUACCCCACAUUGGUCAUCAGCUGCCUCUACUUGCUCUUCCUGUGGGCGGGGCCUAGAUACAUGCAGGACCGCCAGCCCUACACGCUCAGGAAAACUUUGAUUGUCUACAACUUCAGCAUGGUGGUCCUCAACUUCUACAUCGCCAAAGAGCUCCUGCUCGCCUCGAGAGCGGCUGGCUACAGCUACCUCUGUCAACCUGUCAACUACUCCGACGACGUCAAUGAAGUUAGGAUAGCAUCUGCUCUUUGGUGGUAUUACAUCUCCAAAGGGGUGGAGUUCCUGGACACCGUCUUCUUCAUCCUGAGGAAGAAGUUCAACCAGGUCAGCUUCCUCCACGUCUAUCAUCACUGCACCAUGUUCAUCCUCUGGUGGAUCGGCAUCAAGUGGGUCCCUGGUGGGCAAGCUUUUUUUGGCGCAACUAUCAACUCGGGCAUCCAUGUCGUCAUGUACGGUUACUACGGUCUGGCUGCGUUGGGGCCGCAGAUGCAGAAGUACCUCUGGUGGAAGAAAUACCUCACCAUUAUGCAGAUGAUCCAGUUCCACGUGACCAUCGGCCACGCCGGCCACUCCCUCUACACAGGCUGCCCAUUCCCCAACUGGAUGCAGUGGGCCCUGAUCGGCUACGCCGUCACCUUCAUCAUCCUCUUCGCUAACUUCUACUACCACGCGUACCGACGCAAGCCGUCCGCGGCGCAUAAGGGCCAAGCGAAGGCCGUCACCAACGGCGUCGCAAAGGCCACCAACGGCCACAGCAGAGCAGGCGAGGCGGUGCCGGACAACAGCAAAACACAAAAGAAGGGACGGGCCAAGCGUGAGUAAAGGACUGCCCGUUGGGCGAUGAGCGGGAGGACAUGUUUAAAGGGCCAGAAAAGGAGGAUGGCGAGUGCGAGAUGGGGCGACCGCUUCAACAAAAUGAUUGCGCAGCGGCUGCUUCUCUGGCUACCCGUCGUCUUUCGUCACGCAUUUCCUUUUCAAAAAGUGAGCAAGGCAAAAAACGCUGAUCAUAUAGGUUUCCACGUCGUUCUGUCCAAACAUACUCGGACCGCAAUGUUUUUGAAAAACGCGUCAACUUACCAUCCCAAAAGUUCACAUUCAACUGAGAAAAUAAACCCAGUCAUGUUUUUGGAGAGCUUCAAUAGUCGAAUUCCGCUUCUAGUUAUGAUUAUUUGAUAGCAAAGGUCAGCGACCUUUUUGAAAGUCAGAGCUGCUUGGGUACUGAUAAAUGCCCAGAUGUUCAUGAUAGGUUGUUAUUGAUCACGAGUUAUAUUAUACUCUACACUAUGUGAAAACAAGAAAACCGAUAAAUAUCAAAAAUGCGACAAUUUAUUAGCGUUUCCAUUUUCGAAUGAUCACUUCUACAACAUUCCUAAUGUAAGCGCUGAAAGGGAUACCACCCAUUUUUUUUAAGUGGGGGAGGGGGCAUAUGUUUACAAAUUGUCACUAUAAACAGAUGCAUCUCCACAUUGUUGCAUUGGAUUUAUUUUGUGUGAUUAAACCUCUCUGUUCUAUUUAAAUGUAUGUAUUUUUUUUGUUGCUCUUAUCUGAUUUAUUUGCGUCUGUGUUCCAAUUUUAAAAAUGUCAGACGUGCUUUUCAUUUGGACAGCAAUGGAAUUUAACGAAUGAAUCAUUUUACUCGGCAACAUGUUCAUGCUGCAUUGAUGGCGAUGAAUCUUGUCUUUGUUUUUAUAACUGAAAACACAGGUCGGGGGAAGUGGGAAACUGUAGUUUAUUUGUAUUGCUAGUAUUUAUGCAUUUUUUUCCCCCUUUGGCAACACUAUUUUUGUGGGCCCUCACUUUUUUUUUUGCUGUGCAAUGUAGCCGAGAAUAAAGAGAAUGAGGUUGAGCUCCA